AUGUCACAGAUAUGUCAGAAUGCAGCGGGUGAGGAGGUAUCGCCAGACAAACUGAAGGAACAAACAUCGCAAGCAGCCAACGGGGAAAUAUAUACACCACAUACGUCUACUACUGAGCAUCUGGAGGCAACCCAACCCACCGAUGGUGAAGCCAAAGUUGGUUUACAGACGGCUGUGAUAGACAAGAGCAGUGCAGUGACCGAGAAGGAAGCCACUCCCCAGCCUGCCAGUACAGACACCAACGAAGCGCACACAACCGAUGUUAUAGAGGUCCAUUCGAAUCUAGAGGUAGACGCCCAGUCUCAAGGGAAUAGUGAGCCGGACCAAAACAUACCUUCGAGCACACAGACACAGACAUACGCAGACACCGCCACAUACACAGACACCGCCACAUACACAGACACCGCCAUAUACACAUACAUCAUCGUAUGUCCUCUCUGCGGUUCUCGUGCCGACGUUCCGGGUGGUGAUGUGAGAAGUCUUCCCAUCGAUACACUCAUCCAGGCAUCUCUAGGGGAAGCUACGACUCCCAGACGGAGUAGCCGGAACAGUUCUCUGGAAGGGGGCCAAUCAAAUGGCAGCAAUACACCCAGGCAGCGAGCGCUGUCCGAUGCAACAGCCAAUGAAAACCAAGACACGGAUAUAAUACUUAGCAUGAGCAAGGUGCAGCUCUCGCCGCCUCCCACACCACACCAGAAGCAGCUGCUCUGUGCGAGCCAUUCGAAAGAGAAACGGGAUUACUGUAGCACGUGUGCUGUCAUGGUUUGUACCACGUGCGUAGCUGAGUUGCACAGCACCGGAGACCAUGCUGUGAGCGCCGCCAGUGCAGUGGACAAGAUGCACCGGCUGGCCCUGGAGAAGAUGAUUGAGGUCACGACCAUCAAUGCCACGCCAAGUGCCGAUGCAAUGAUGGGUGCGCAACAGAUCAUGGUCCAUGUGGAGCGAUCGACCGAGCAACUGAAGCGACUGGCAGACGACAUCUUCGAUCGACUCAUAGUGGCCCUACGCGAGAGGAAGCGCGAGUUCUCUGACAACUUGGACUUAGACAGAGACGGUCGACUGGAAAUACUCAAUGCGCAGUACCGGACUGUGUCAUCGUUGAAAAGCACAGUGGACAGUAGGCUGCUCAUGGCCAACCAGUUGCUGGCGAAUCCGUCGGCUGAGAUAUUUAUGGACGGGAAGGCAAAGAUCAUGCGCACCCUAACGGAAACAAGUACCGAACUGGGCCGACAGUCCAUCCGACCCCCAGACCAAGGCAGUGUGUUCCUGGAGUUCGACACUGUAGGGCUGGCUAUGAGCAUCUCGCGAGUGGGCAGCAUUACUGAGCACCGUGGCUACACCUCCAUAGGGCGGAUGUUGGGUGAAGUGGGGAGUUUUGGAUCAGACGUAGACGAUUUGAGAUACCCUCAGGGCAUCACAUUCGACUGUCGUGGGCGAUUGGUAAUUUGCGACAGAGAUAACAAAUGUCUCAAAUUGCUGACAUUAAACGACAAUAUAGUGGUGCGUGCGGACAGGCUGGGUCACGGGAGAAUGAAGUGUCCGCAGGCCGUACACGUGGACAACAAAGGAACACUCUACGUCAGCGAUAGCCAGCUGCACGUGGUGCAAGUGUACCGCGGGGAUAUGCUAGUCCGCGAAAUAGGGGGCUUGGGCUCAGAAACUGGUCAAUUUAAUAGGCCUAGCGGGGUGUUUGUGCACCACGACGGGCGGGUAUUCGUCGCGGAUACCACCAACAAGCGCGUGCAGGUGUUCUCGGGAGAGGGGCGGUAUCUAUACAGCAUUACGCAUGAGAACCACCGCGUGAGUAUGUUCAGUCAACGCCUGCAGGGGCCUAAGGGAUUGAUGAUAUACGAGAACAGAUUGUACGUCACCGAUGGGCCGACGCGGAAAGUUUGGGUGUUCCGCCUAAACGGCGAGUUCAUAUAUAGUUUCGGUGCCUCCGGGCCCGAGAAGGAAUUAUUGAAUACGCCAAAGGGAAUAGCGCUGCUGUCCGGAAAUAGCGUAGUAGCAGUUGUGGACUCAGGGAGGCAUCGUGUCGCUUUGUAUAGUCUGAGAGGAACGUUCCUGGGCACCUUUGGAGGGAGGGGGACAGGCGAUGGCGAAUUCACAUUGCCCACCAGUAUCUGCACUGACCCGUACGGCAUGGUUUGGGUUUCGGACACGUCCAAUCACAGGAUACAAUCGUUCUAAAUUAACCUGCUGGAUUACACUCCUAACACAAAUAAAUAAACAACAG